UGUGAAACAUAUCCAGUGUAAUAUGGCGCUGCACUGACCAAUUUUAGAUUUAUCCAGUUGUAUCUUUACAUUAGAAAAAUGUCUGCCACACGAUACCGAAGAUUCCUUAAACUCUGCGAGGAAUGGCCUAGGGAUGAAUCUAAAAAGGGCCGCGAUUUAGGGACAUUCUUGAGACAGAGGGUGGCCCAUGCGUUCCGUGAGGGAGAAAACACACAGCUCUCCGACCCAGAGAAGUGUGAUCAGAUGUACGAGAGUUUGGCUCGCAUCAACAGUAAUGUCUACAAAGAAAAGUUCCCCCGAGCAAAAGACACAAGUUUUACUGGAGUGACGGUUGAAGAAUGCCGCAUGCUGUUAGCGACAGGAAACAUGCAACAGAUGGAUGAGGAGAAGAAAGGAUUGUGGAAGACUCUAAUGGAACGUUUCUCUUCCAAACCUGAAGAGGGCGCCGAAAAGACCUCUGAAAAAUAGCCCCUUGCCUGUACAUAUUCUGCCCAACCAACCCUCUUUCUUCUCAGCACAUUUACAA